GUUAUUACACAUUCCUGCACAUCGACUCUCUCCGGUGAUGCUGUCGCCAUGGAGACGGGAAGAGAUUCGAUGGUGUGAAGCUUUUUUUUUUGGUUCAACCUGCUUUUAAAGUUCAGGAUCAUCGCUGUGACAUUAUAUAUAUAUAUAUAUAGAGACGCUGCGCAGGUCUCCAGGCCUCUGGUCCAGAGCCCUCCAGGCCUCCGGUCCAGAGCCCUCCAGGCCUCCGGUCCAGAGCCCUCCAGGCCCGAGCUCGAAGGAUGAGACCACCGCGGAGGAAGGACAAAGUUUUUUAUAUUUAGUCACCAAAUAAGUUUAAUUAAGCACUAAUCUACUCCGCUACAUUUAUCUGAGCUUCACUUACUUUACAAAUUAAAAACAUUAUAAAAUCUGCCGUUUUGUUAAAAAUUAAACUCCAACAGUUGAUACGAGUUCAGCUGAGACGAUCAAUCGAUCAAUCCACUUCCUGGUUGCUUUUCCUCUGAACGAUAAUAAUAAUAAUAAUAAUAACUGAUGUUCGUCGAGCUCUGGCCGGUCGCUCGGACUGUUUGACCUUCACAGGGGUUGAAAACACGUGAAAAUGUGUUUUGUUUAAUUGAAAAUGAUCUUAUGAACAAAGUGAUUGAUUGUACUUAGAAUUAUUUCAGGUUGAUCGGAUUUAUUUAUUUAUUUCUGCUGUCAUUUAGCCAGUUUUUAAUUUUGUGGUCUGUAUUUGCGCCAUAGCGUUAAUAAAACGUUAAAACGCUAACACGGCUAAUUACAACUUCUCAGUAACGUGAGAAUAAACUGCACUGUAUUAUAUUGUUUUGAUUAAAAUAUUAAAUAAAGACGCUAUAUUAAUUUGUGUUAUUUCUGCGGAUAAAGAUGCGUCUACAGCUAAGCUAGCAGUGAGGCUGUAUUUAGACACAGCGGUGCUUUGAGCUAAAUGCUAACAUCAGCAUGCUAACAUGCUCACAAAGACAAUGCUAACAUUCCGAUGUUCCGUGGGUUUAAUGUUCACCAUCCCAGUUUAGCGUGCUAGCAUGCUAACAUCUGCUAAUUAGCAGCAUAGCAGUAACGGGAACGCCGUGAGCUCUGCAGGUAUUUGGCCACAAACCAAAUUAACGUGUCGACCUGAUGGUGGCGCUAGAUGGAAAGUCAGAGGAUCAGCAGAGUUAUUACAGUUCAUCCUGAGGGGAGCGCGAACGAUGACGCACGUCUCAUCGCAGUCCAGCUGCUGUUCAGAUGUUUCGGUCUGGACCGACGUGGAGGAGCGGCCGACAUCCCACGCCGGAACAACACUUCUCUGAGGUACGGGUCUCUGUUCGCUCUCUACCUCGGCCCUCACUACACUGUGGUGGUAAACGACCAUCGACACGCCAGAGAGGUGCUGCUGCAGAGAGGGAGAGACUUCGCUGGACGGCCGAGCAUGGUGACCGCCGACCUGCUGACCAGAGGAGGUAAAGACAUCGCAUUUUCAGACUACUCUCCUCUCUGGAAGUCACACCGUCGCCUCGUCCACAACUCCUUCACCCUGUUCGGAGAAGGAACCGGCCGCCUGCAGGACAUCGUUCUGUCGUCCGUGGACAGCCUGUGUGCCGAGCUGUUGUCCAGUGGGUGGCGUGGCUUCGACCCGUCUCCCGCGGUGACCAGGGCCGUCACCAACGUCGUGUGCACGCUGGUGUUCAGCGCCACCUAUCGCCAUGGCGAUGCUGAGCUGCAGGAGGUGAUCCGAUACAAUGAUGGCAUUGUGCAGACGAUUGCCAGAGGAGGACUGGUGGACAUUUACCCCUGGAUGAAGGUCUUUCCUAACAAGACUCUCAGUAAACUGAAGGAGUGUAUCGCCGUCAGAGACAGACUGCUGUCACGCAAACUGGAGGAGCACAAGGCAUCGCUGAGUGACGGUGACCCCCGUGACCUUCUGGAUGCCUUGCUAAAGGGCAAGAUGGACAGCGGGCAGGGUCAAAAGUCAUCCGGGUCGGAGGAUGAGAGGAUAACAGAUGACCAUGUCCUGAUGACAGCAGCUGAGGCUUUUGGAGCUGGAGUGGAGACGACGUCCACCACACUGCUCUGGAUCCUGGCCUAUCUGCUGCACCACCCGGAGGUACAGGAGCGCGUGCAGAAGGAGCUGGACGAGCACGUGGGCAGCGAGCGAGCGGUGUGUGUGUCGGACCGCGGCCGGCUGCCGUACCUGGACUGUGUCAUCAACGAGGGUAUGAGGAUCCGACCGGUCAGCCCCGUGCUGAUCCCACACACCGCCAUGACUGACAGCAGUAUUGGAGGUCACUCUGUCGGUCGUGGGACUCGUGUUUUGGUCAACAUGUGGUCGAUUCACCACGACCCCCAACACUGGAACCAACCUGACCUGUUCAACCCAGAUCGUUUCCUUGACGACCAGGGCCAGCGGUUCACACCCUCCUGCUUCCUGCCGUUCGGGGCGGGACCGCGAGUCUGCGUUGGUGAAUCGUUGGCCAGGCUGGAGCUCUUUCUCUUCCUGUCCUCUCUGCUCCAGCGAAUGAGCUUCACGCUGCCGGACGGGGCUCCCCCGCCUAACCUGCAGGGGCGGCUGGGUGUGGUCUUGCAGCCGUUACCUUAUAAGGUCAUUGUCACUCCGAGGGCAGGGUGGGAGGGCGGGGCAAAAUGAAAGAGGGAGGGGUUGAUAGCUGAAUGGCAGGAGAAAGAAACAUAAAACUAAAUUUUGUUGCGUCGCUAAAAUUUUACAUUAGUAAACAUUAAAAUCCUCUCCAAAAAUGACAAUAUUGUCAACAUCUCCGCUCCUAGAGUUAGCUAACAGCUCCACAUAGCAGCCUUUUCCAAAACAAAUGACAUGAACAUAAACUGGUUGUUUACAGCUAUUAAAACAUUAAAAAUGACCAUGAAAAUACUGCACACUAGAACAUUACACUAGUCCCAAAAUGAAAUACUGUUACUCACAAGUCUUGCUAAAAUGGGUACUUUCAAAAGAGCUUAAUGUUUUAGGAAUAUUUUAAGUGAAGGUAAAAUACGUAGCUAAUUUUGUCAAGGAUACUUAGACAAGGUUAGUUAAAUGUUCCAUAAAAUCUUUCCCAUUCAGUGUAAAAAUAAGAGAGGAGAUGAAGAGCUAAUUAGUGGAGUAAAUGUUUAUUGGGACUAUUGCAUGAGAUAAUCCUCACAAAUUAACAAACACAUUGUAAAUCUUAACAACUUGAUAACAAUAAAAAGCUAAUGCUAGGCUAACCCGUGACUGCACUGCUCAAACGUCACCAUUUUGCAGCUUCAGGCUAAUGCCAUGCUAGCUAAUUUUAAAACAUACAAUUAACGUGUAGGUAGAGAUAAUAUGCGAGUUGUUAAAUCGACAGUGGAAUAUAAUUAAACUGAGUUUAAACUGAGCUCUCCUAAAUGGGUAUCUAGAUUUCUAGAAAUAAACAUUUCCAAUUAAAAAUGAAUUAUGAUUGUUUUGACUGAGAGCUGAAGUGUAACCCAGGUGGAGUGUAAUUUGAGAUUAUUACUGUUUUUUUAAUCAAUAAAUAAUGAUUCAUCUCCA